GCCUGUGCGGCCUGAGGGGCGCGGGUAGUCAGGGGGAGGGAGACGGCAGCAGCAUGGCGGCGGGGCAUGAGCUGCCCAACCUUCCUCUUCCCCGCUGUCGCCGCCGUCGCCGUCGGAGUCGCUGGGACCCUUUAGUCCGCGUGUGUUAGUUGUAAGCCCGUUGCUCGCCCGUCCGCCCUCCAGCCCACCCGCCCUCCUCCCUUUCUCUCGCAGCCCGAGGGUCGGGCGGGCCGGAUAAAACUCCCACUCCCACCCCGCCCACAAUUCCUGGGGCCGGGACCAUGGAGGACGUGAAGCUGGAGUUCCCCUCGCUCCCGCAGUGCAAAGAAGACGCCGAGGAAUGGACUUAUCCUAUGAGACGAGAGAUGCAGGAAAUUUUACCUGGAUUGUUUUUAGGCCCAUAUUCUUCUGCCAUGAAAAGCAAGCUACCUAUACUACAGAAAUCUGGAAUAACCCAUAUAAUAUGCAUACGACAAAAUAUUGAAGCAAACUUUGUUAAACCAAACUUCCAACAAUUAUUUAGGUAUCUAGUCUUGGAUAUUGCAGAUAAUCCAGUUGAAAAUAUAAUACGUUAUUUUCCCAUGACUAAAGAAUUUAUUGAUGGAAGCUUACAGACUGGAGGAAAAGUUCUUGUCCAUGGAAAUGCAGGGAUCUCCAGGAGUGCUGCCUUUGUUAUUGCAUACAUUAUGGAAACAUUUGGAAUGAAGUACAGAGAUGCAUUUGCUUAUGUUCAAGAAAGAAGAUUUUGUAUUAAUCCUAAUGCUGGAUUUGUCCAUCAACUUCAGGAAUAUGAAGCCAUCUACCUAGCAAAAUUAACAAUACAGAUGAUGUCACCACUCCAGAUAGAAAGGUCAUUAUCUGUUCAUUCUGGACCCACAGGCAGUUUGAAGAGAACACAUGAAGAAGAUGAUGAUUUUGGAAGCAUGCAAGUGGCGACUGCACAAAAUGGCUGACUCAAGAGCAAGAUUAUAGAGGCUGUGGAUUUCUAUUUGGGAAGGAGAAAAUACUGAAGACGAUAAUAAUGUAAAAUGUUUUAUUAUAAACCAAGAAUUUUGGACUUGCAAAGAGGUAUUAUUGCAAUAAUGCACUUUUCAUACUUGAAAUUUAUUUGUAUGAUAUAAAGUUAUUACUUUAAACAAAACGGAAGUUAGGGGGGAUUUGUUUAUAAAAUCUGGGUAAUUUAUAACGAGAAUUUCCUAAAGUUUGCUAAAAAUUCAUGUUGUGUUCUAUAUAUUACAUUUUAAAAAUAAUUACAGUUCACUUUUAUGAUGGAACCUCUUAUGGAAACAUUAACAAAUGCAGAAAUCUGCCACAUUUCUGUUUUAGUGUAAUUCAGUAGCUUCAUUACCUUUUUAUUUUUUUAAACUUCUUUAUCCCUUAUUAAUAAUCUUUGAAUCAUGACAUUAGCCAACUCUUCUUACUUUAACAUGAUCCAAGUAUUGCUUCCAUUCCUAUUAUCUUCCUAAUUUGUUUAUUCUAAAGAAAAAAAGUAUAACGAACAAACGAAGAUGUUUUGCUUGGUAAUACCAGAUACUAAAAAACAAGGAGUUUUAGACUUUCGAGUGACUUUCCUUUUUUCCUUAAAAGCCAAAUGUUUUGUUUGUUCUUUUUAGAGUUGUUUAGCCCAUUUUUUCUUUGUCCAAAAUAGUUCUAAAUAGAAUAUAAUAACCAAUGUAGCACUAUUUUUUUCUAAAUGAAGCCCAAAAGAGAAAAGUGCCUUGCAUUAUUAAAAAAUUGAAAAUAAAAAAAUAAAUUUUCAUGACCUCUAAAUUAGUAUGUAGAACAGUGAAGUUUUUAACAUUCUGUAAUUUCUUUUUCGUUUUAACUACACAUUAGUUAAAACAGAGUCUGAGGCUUAAAGAAACCUCAGUACGUUAUUUAAUGUGAAAUAUUUACUCUUCAUUUUAUGUUGUCUUAAUGAUUCUGUGAGGUGGUUCUGGCUCAGACAGCAGCUUUUCUUGAAGAUGCAUUUAUUGGGGAAAGUGGUUUGUGAGAAACCUCGUUGUAUUUAAAAUUAGUGUUUUAAUUCUUUACAUUGAGUUAAUCCAAAUUUCCCCAUAAUUUGCAUUAACAAAGUCACUUUAUGUAUCCUUAUUUCUCCAUAUUUUUAUUUAUACAUAUAAAGAUUGUUCUAAGAAAAACAUUUUUGCUAUUUUAAGUAUGCCAUGAGGGAGGAGAGGAGUGUUUUUAACUUUUUAUAGUUGAUUUAGGGUAGCACAAACAAAACUCCUUUAUAUCUCACUUUUCAGUCCUCUCUUGAGGUGCUUUACUGAUGGGAAUGAUUUCCAUACGUUCCCUUGGUACCAACAGGUACUAUGCAAGGUAACCCAUUACACCAAGUUACUUGCUUUGUUUUCCUCCCUAUAAUGUAAUAUAAUACAGUAAAAAGCUUUUUUAUCCAGCAUAGCAGGAGAGUGGAAAUGAAUUAAAAUUCUUUUAUUAUUUAAGAGUUAAUUCCCAUUGACUGAGGUGGUAUUCUUCUUAUUCCCUUCUCUUCCCCUAUUUUACUACCCUGAGAAGAGCCUAUUAUUAAUCCCACUGUGGUCUUGUAUUCUGUUGUGUGAUUGAUUAUUAGGUCAUGGUAUAGUAGUCUAGUAAAGUCAAGAUUUGCAUUGUGCUCGGAAAUUCCACUUGGCAAAGUGCCAGAUAACACAGCUUUCCUGUAUAUAGAUCACUAUAUAGGUCAGCAAAGAUUUCUCUUGCAGUCUAAUAAUCUGUGAUGCCUCUUCAUUCAGCAGAAAUUCUGCUUAAAAGAACCUUUGUAAUACUACAGUUAGGUUUUUAAAGGAAGGAAUUAAGAUUUUUAAAAUUAGUUUCUUAAAUACACAUAUCAUCUCUAGUCUGGACAAAAAUAGAGAUUUGGUCAUUUAUUAAUUUAAAGCUGGUAAUUUUCCACUUUUUCUAACCACUGUAAUUUUUAUGUUGUCACUAAAGUGCCUGCCCAGCACUGCAUAUUAGACUGUCUCUUGAACACUAGGAAAAGGGACUAUCAUCUUCUUGAGUACAGUACUAAUGGGGACAAAACAUGAAAUUUCUUUCUCUUUCAUGUAGAAACACCCCAAGUUUGUUUUACCUAAGUUCAACUAGUUCUGGUAGCUCUUCUAGUCUUUCUUCUGUUUGGUUCCACUUCUGUAAUUCUUUUUUCUACAGAUGCCUUUUGAUAGUUACCUAUAAAUACCUAUACCUGUAACCAAUCAUGAUUUAUUUUCUAGACUAUUUGAAUAAUGUAUGAGUGAUGUAGCACCCACUUUUAAACAUUAAGUUGUUUUUUUGUUAUAUUUUCAAUUUUUAGUAAGAUUAUUAGUCUUUACCUUGCUUCUACUGCUAUUUUUUACUCUCUUGUAAAGUUUUAUAAUUCUAUUAUUUGCUCGUCGUCUACUGUACUUUUUUCGUUUUUUUCCUCGUAUCUUGGGGGCUGGUGGGGUGUCUUCAUCCAAAGGUUUAAAGGGCAUGACCUCUGUGGUUUCAUAGGCCAGACCAGGUUCAGCGGUGAGCCAGCCACUCUUGGGGACUGGUGGGGUGUCUUCAUCCAAUGGUUUAAAGGGCAUGACCUCUGUGGUUUCAUAGGCCAGACCAGGAGGUGAGGUCCCAUUGUCAGUGCCUCUGUGACAGAUACCGUGCAACAUCAGCUUUGUUUUCCUGGUACCAGGUUCAGCGGUGAGCCAGCCACUCUUGGGGGCUGGUGGGGUGUCUUCAUCCAAAGGUUUAAAGGGCAUGACCUCUGUGGUUUCAUAGGCCAGACCCGGCUGUAAGCUAGCCACGGCACUCCUAGAUGUUGAUGUGGUGCCUCCAUCUUCAGUUUUCAAUGAAACUACUUCCUUGACUUCGGUGGGCGAACCCCCUGGAAAUGCUUGUUGUGCUGUCGGCGGUACAUGGUUCCUGAACGAGGACAUCAUCCCAGAGGACAUUCGGAAUUGCUAACACUUGUGACUUCCCGAGGCAGAACCUCCGAGGAAAGAAUGGAGCGGAGACUCCUGACCGGCGCCAGAUUCACCAGGGACGGAGGGGGCAGAUCGCCAUGCCGUGUUCGUGUCCGGGAGGGUGUUCUCCUCAAGAAGCCGAGUCACAGCAUCAAUGUCAUUAUACGUCUUAGUCAUCUGGCCGACUCUUUCAGCGCAUAAGAGGAAGUAACUUCAGCGUCUCUUCGAUCUGCUCGGUGGUGAGGUCGAUGUUGGCAUCUGGAGAAAUGAGGGGCGUGUGGCGCCAGUCGUCGUGGUCAUUACCGUAGAUGGUGUCGGCUCUUAACCAGUAGUGGGGCAGCUGCUCCUCCAGCAGGCUGAUGAUCUCGACUUCCAGAAGGUCGGUGCUGUUGCACACAUCCCGUGUUGGGUCUGUCCAUCUGUCCCGGACGGACAUCUGGGGAAUUUAAAGCCUCAAGUCACAAAAUACACGGUGACGCCCGUUUGUGGGAGGCAGAGCGCACGCCGGGCGGGGUACCAAAGCGCGACGUCCUCACUCCCAGAACUCGGAAUCAAGCCGCGUGGACGGCGCCAGAAUUCGGGGGAAGGGGUUCCCGGAGGCAGCUUCGCAGAGACCGGAAGUAGGCAGAGAGCUAAAAAGUUGUAAUCUGAGCAAGGAUUUAAACUGAAAUUGGAGGAAAACUGCUUUACUGUCCACUUUAAAAGUAUGAAACAAGUAUUGAAAAUAUUCAAACUGGAAUGGCAGUGUUCUUCUAAUUUUAAUUAGUUCAUGUUAAUUUCUUAUCUAUUAGGUGUUUAAAGAGCAGUUACCCUUAUUUGUAUCUACUCAAUGGUGGAAAUGUUAAACCAUGAUAGCUCUGGCUUCUCAACCAUUUAACUUUCAGAGCAGAAUAUUUGUUGGGGGGGCGGGAUUUGUGCUUCAUCUGAGUUUAGAAGUAAUGUCAGAAAAUGUUAAGCAUGUCCUUUUUAAGAAAAUAUAAGGUUUCUAAUUGUCUACUUACCAUGAUAAUUCAAGUGAAUUAGAAGUAUUUAACUGCAAUCUUGAAUUAUAAAGUUGGGAUGCAUACACACACACACACACACACACACAGCAGGAUCUCAACUUAAUGUAAAGUAAAUGAGCAGUUACCUGGCGGAUUUUGUUUUUAGUGACUGGUUUAAUCCAUAAUUCCAUAACAAACUUAGCUUCACUUCAGUAUUUUUUUUAUCUUUGUCCAUCCAAAAAUGCACCAAAAUGGAAAUGAUAGGAAUAACUAAGAAUUACUAAAAGAUUUUAUUUUAUUUUUAGAAAGAUAAGUUUCUAGGAUCUUUGAAUGCUGGAUUUUUUUGUCUUACCCAUCCAUGGCAGCUAAAAAAAAAUCAAAAUAUUCAGGUUUACAUGUUAGCUCUCUCAUAGGGAGUUGCCAUACCUCACAGUUCAAAGUGUAUUCUAUAGAUCAGUAACAUUAUACUGACAUGUAAUUGCAAUUUACUAUGCAGCAAAAAUGAUUCAAGAAGAAAAAUAACCUACAGUGUCUAUUUACCUUUGUAUAGGCAAUUGCUUAAGUUACUCUGCUUUUAACAUUUGUACUUGGAUAAAAUGCUUACGUAUGUGUAGGAAUGUCACAGUGCAAAAUGCUGCUAGCCCAGGCACAAAGUAUUAAAAUUAUUUUGUGAAGUUUGGUGGUUGUAUUAAAACUGUUGUGCCAUUAUACCUCAAAAA